CUUAAACGUUGCGUUACUGAUUGAAGACACGGAAAAACACAUGGUACUACGUGCAUUCUAUCAGGUCAUUAUCGUCUGAAAUAUGCUCCUCAAUCAAAUUGAAAUCAAGAAGUUUUUCUUUCAGUUCAAACGGGGAAAAUCUCUUGCGUGGAAAGCGAAAACAUCGCACUAUAAACCUUGCAUUGUCCUCUUUGUUUUGAAGAGUAUGAAUAAUAAUUGUAUUCAAAUUAAGCAAACUGAUUGAUUUGCAUCGCAAAGGGUUACGUGGAUAACACUCAUUCCCUUAUUGAAUUUUUUCAUGCCUGACCAAAAAAUUGAGCUCUUGGAAACCGCGUGGAAUGGACUAAACUGAACCCGUUGGGCACGGAUAUCCUCGACGAAAGAGAAAGAGAACGUAACAACGGAGUAUUAACGCAGCUGAACCAGCAGCAAAGAACCUCUUAGGUGCACACAAGAAUACAACUGAUCAUCACUGGACCGAGUACAGCGCUCACUCAAGUGAUUAAAAUUUAUUACAUACGCAUAUUCUUUUCCCUCGAAUCGAAAAUCUGCUUUGUGUUUCACUGCUGCCGGCGCAGAACUUCCAAGAAACCCAGUUGAAGCCGUAUAAUGUACACAACCUCGGAAUACUCGAUGAAAACAAUGGGCUUGAUUGCAAAUUUGCUUUGCCUCUUCCUUGUUGUUGAUGCGUCACAUGAAAACCGAGGAGGAAAAAUCGACGCUUUGGCCGACAAAGUCAACUUAAGCGACAAUUAUGUCGUUGAAUGGCGCAUUAAUGAAAAGGCAUCUAGCGUGGAGUUCAAAAUCAACGUUAUGGUCGACGAUAAAGGUUGGGUUUUGCUAGGAUUUAUGGAUGUGCCGAAAAAUCAAUCUGCGGCCAAAAGUAAGCCGGGAAGCAUAAAAGAUUCUCGCGGAGAUUUUGUGAUCACUUGGCCGACCUCUGCACCAAAGGAGAGGACCACAGUGGUAUGAUGCCUACUUGUUAUAAACGACUUUCUAAUAUCACGCCCACUGGAUCCAAUUAGGAAGGUUAACUUAUCUAUACCUUGCUCUUUCAAUUGGACGAAAUCAAAAGCACAAGCUAUUUGGGUUUCUGGAGGGAUAAGGAUAAUUCAGCCUAAAAAUAAGAUUUUUGCAUUUUAAAUUUAACGGGUAUAUUCCAUUGUGACUCAGGCAGACGCAAAACUGAACAGUUUCUGUACUUCUCUCGAUUCGGCAAGAAGCGCAGAUAAAAUAAUUCAGAGAAAACAUUAAUCCACUCGGAAUUUUUUGUCCUUACGUACUAUGCUUUGUUUCCAGUCAAAAGAGAGGAUCUAUGUAGAAUGAUUAUCAUUAAGGUAGUUAUAAAUCAAGGGAUUAUAUUGCUGAUCCCCUGACCGGACGCCUAAAUACUGCAGAGAGUUGUAGCCCCCUACCAAACUCUUAGGGCCGGUUUAGGUUAGGGCCGGCCAGAGUUUGGCCGUUGUUCAACAAAACCUCGUUCUAAACUAUCUUGAAUUUUCUGAAUCUUUUAUCUAAACAAUUCUUUUUGUGAACAGUGUAAUAAGGGCCGAAAGCUAGCAGUAGAAAGACAUUCAUUUAAUGAAAACAACCCUCUUAGAGAGUAUGUGUAUGGCUCACUGCUUGCGUAAUACUGCGGUUUGUGUUACAACCGGCUCUUGAACUUCGCAGGAAAAUACCCCUUUAUUCUCAUCGCCUUAAAUUAGGCCAUAGAGGUUAGAGCUAGUCACAUCUUUUCCAGUGGUACCUGAUUCAAACUCUUACCACAUACUUGUAUUUUUCAGGACGCGAAUACAAUGGAAAAACCUGGUGAAUUAGAGAAGGAUGAAAAUUCUACUCUGGAUUAUCAAGUGACAUUGGAUCAAACAACUACAAACAAAUCAAGAGGAUUGGUUCUCAAAAUUACAAGGAAACUGCAGACUGGCGACCCUCAAGAUGUGCCCAUCACUGUAAGUUAGUUUUCUUAAAUUUUUUCAGAAACGUUAUCACAAAAAAAGGCCCCAAGAAAGGGGCUCUCUUUAGUGUGUCUGCCAUUUAGCCUCUAACCUGUGAACUUGUACUGUAUUCUUCCCUGUUAUCAUCACUUCCUCUCUUUUCUUAGAGAACAGGUUCAACUAUUAGGAGAGUAAUCCGCACCAUUGUAGCAGCUAGUUCAUUUCACUUUGAGUCUGAUAUCAACGAAUUUCCUCAGCACAUGUUUAAAUAUUUUCUUGAACUCCUCAAGUUUGUUGACUAGAUUGCUAACCAAACCGUGAGUGGAGUUGUGUGGACGGCCUUUGGGUCCAAGGGAACGAUGUAAUGUAAAAUAACAAAGAGGUAUAUAAUUUUCUGUCAGGAGCAGCCCUUGUGGAUGUUUGGGGCAUAUGGAAAUUCAGAUGCUUAUCUAACAGACCUUUCCAACGUCACUAACAUUGACGACACUCUGAAAGUUAAGGAGGUUAUCAUCAUGAAAAACAGCAGGAACAAAGAUAAUGGCAAAUCAUUUUGGAAAGGUACUGAAUAUGUUGCACUAUUUAGAAAUGUUGGGAAUGAAGACAACUUGAGUGAGGAUGAUAAAAGUUCAGGAAGAGAGAUAAAUUAAGAAAAAUUAAAGAAACUACAUUUUACUAAAUAUUAUAAGGAUGGAAGCUGGCGUGAGGAUCUCACACUGUUGACAUCACUCUCAGAGAUACAUGAUUCAUUGCAAUGAUUAGCUAACCUAAGUCAGCACUUGAGCCAAAUGCCCCACAUUGGUGUAGGUUAUACUGUCUCCUGUAUCAUGAUGCAAUAACGGUUAUUGCUCUAAGGGUCCCCUCCCUAGAAUUUGCUCAGGUUUCCCUAACAGUUCAUUGGUAUCAAUUUUAACUCUUGGGUGGUGAGAGACAACAGGAAAGUAAAGAAUUCUGCCAAAGAACACAACGCAAUGACCCAGCCAGAUCUCUAGCCUGGAUCUUUUAUCAAGGAGUCCAGUACAUAUGCCACAAGUAUUGAAAUAAAAAUACUAUUGAGAAUAACAUACAAAGGGAAUCUGAGACUCAAAUCUAAAAACUUUGCAUAACUUUCUGAAUUUAGAUCAAGUGGAGAAGCACUGGAUUUCUGUUGUGUUAGCAGUAUCUGGAAUUCUCACAUUUGUUAUUAUUGGAGCAGUUUACUGCUGCUUUAGAAAGGGAAGUAGAGAUUUCCGUGGAAAGAAAGUCAAAAUGAAUUUCUACAAAGAGUAAGUUUUGUUUCAUUGUUGAGAACAUAUAUUGAUUCUUCCUUUAAAAAUUAGAAAAAAAUGUCUCAACUCCUACUACAGUAACUAAACUUCCAUUAGUUUCAAGUUUUAAAAAGAGACUAUGACUUCUUUUUCAGUGGCAUGCUAGUUUUAUCAUAAGUACUUUUAUCACUACUACUGUAUGUUCCCUUCCUGAUGGCAUCUGGUUUUAUAACCAUCAAACUUCAAUGGAAAUAUUCUACAUAAAAAUAAAAAUUCAGCAGUCAAAUAAAAGAUUUAAAAAAUGCAUGUAUUAUCAACACAAAACUAGCAAUAAGAAAGUCAAUUUAAACAGCACUAACUCUCCCUCAAUUUCAUUUUAGAGAUGAAGAUGAUGAGGCUCGUGUUGCUUUCCUCCAGUCACGCACCUAAUGAUUGAUAAGAAGCAGAGUAAGAAUACAUUGACCAAUGAUUGCCUUGACAGUUCCCCUCCAGCUUACAGUAGACAACUUUGCCUUCUCAUCAACAGUAUUCAGAUCAGAGAGAAGAGGCUGCAAGGCGUAGAAACAAAAUUUAAAAGGCAUUGUACCUUUUAACUUUAUCUAGAGGAGCCAUAUUUGUACAAGAGUAGUGACCGUCAUUUGCAACUUCUCUCCCUUUAAGAUCUUGUCCUGUUCUUAAGGGAAAAAACAACUUUGCCUGGUGACAAAUAUUUGGUAGUUUUAGAGUAUGUUAAGCAUAAAAUACCUUUGAUAAUAGAAGACUGCAGUUUUUUGCUGUAUAUUUUACUACUUGAGGAAAUUAGGUCAAAGCAGAAGUGUUAAAAAGUUUGAAAACCUGCCUUCUUAUUUUCUCAACCAUCAAGUUUACUAGCAUCUUUUGAAAGAACAAAAAUAACUAUCAUGAGAGUAAAACCACUUGAAGAGCAGUCAAUUGUGAAUGCCUUUUCCAGUCCAGUCCAGUCACCUAAUCUUUAUCACUUCGAUCAAUCCCUCCAUCCAAACAAUUCCAUAAUAUUGUAAGAAGUAAGAAUAUUUUCUAUGACUGUAUAUGAAGCAGCCAUCAUUGUAAUAGAAAGUAACAUGGUUGGUAGUUUAAUAUCUUAAGAUGAUAAAUAAAUUUCUAGUACAACCAAUAGUUUUCACAACCUUUCAUAAAAACUUCAGGGUAAAGAGGGCUUUAAUUAAGAAAAACCAUAACAAAAAACAAAACACAUUAAAGAAAAAAUUUUAAAAGGUAGCCUCAUUUUAUUGAAUACAAUGCUUUUUGUAAGAGUUAUGGAGUGGUGAGAUUCAUCUUUACAGUCCUGUAACAUUCAAUCCAUGGUUAUUGCUAAGACAAAGACUUCUUUUCUUUUAAACUUUUCAAUUCUAUUUAUAACUUUUUUAUUGCUUUUAGUCUGCUGCUUUUAAAAAACUUAGUAGAAUAGCAAAUAAAUGUUUCAGCAAGGCAUGCACUCUAAUUACAGUUAUUUAGUAUGUGCUAAGUUAUAUAAAAUGUCUUUGAAGUACUUGUGUGUACAUUUAUAAAACCAAUCGUGGUUGGACAAAAUCUUUGAAAUCUGUUUAGUAAAUAAUAAAC